AUGGAUCAACAGUCGCAGCCAGCUGGUUAUCCAUAUUCUAAUCAGGAGGGCUGGACUUACCCCCCAACGCACAACGACCCGUAUGAAGAGAGUGAUCAGCAAGCUGCACCUCGAACAGUGCAAGAGGAUUCGCCUGCGCCAAGCCCCCCAUUAAGGGAUCCAUGGGGUUAUCGAAAACCUCCAGACGCUCGAGAUCCACGGAGUUAUCAAAGAAUUCCAGAUGCUCAAGAUCUAAGCUACCAUUCCAGGCAGCAUCCUCAUCCUCAUUAUCAUCAUCAUGGCUUGGAAACUUUCGGAGAUCCCACGGGCCAGUACGCUGCCAAUACGUCUCAGUAUCUACCAGACCAGCAGUCAUUCCCGCAUGCGAAUCACCCGCAAUUCUAUAGCCCUACCGGUGCGAGUCCGCCUCAGCAUCACUAUACACUCGAUGCACCACAGUCUCAAUAUCCCCGAGGUGAUCCCUUAGAAUAUGGUCAUGCAAACAGGCGCCUUCUUCCCCGAGCUUCGUACGGCACAAUUGCGAGACGCCAAGUACGUCAGGAUAAUUAUGGAAACUGUGCGCAAUUCGCCAAUCCGCCAUCUCCCAACACCGCUGAGGAGGCAGACAGCCUAGCCCGUGACCUUGACCAUCUGACACUUCCUUCUGACGAUCCUACGCGGGCGGAGAGACAAUUGCAUCGUCGAUAUGAUCUCGCGAAAGUCCAUGAAACCGGAAUGGAAACGUCUCUAGACCCAGGUGAGUUAGCCCAGAACUGUCAAGUUUUCACGUCUGACGCAGAGAAGGAUUUCAAGUCAAAAAAGAAAGUUACUUCGAGUUUGGCAAAGUAUGAAGCGGUCUUCGCGGUGCUUCAUCACCAGAAUGCGGGCGCCCAGGUUGAUCAUCGGGACUCCGACACCUUCACGAGUGGUAGAUAUGGGGAAAAGAUCUAUAGCAGCAUCCGUCCCAUGGUCGUUGUGAAGAACUUCCGUAGACAUUCCUUGUGCAUUGGAAACGGCGUAGCAAAGAAGAGCGUUGAUCCCUCGAGUCAUGCAGUCGUCUACAACGCAGACUCCAAGCCAUACACCCACCCCAAGGAGCCACGAAUGACCAAAGAGCCGUUAGCAGUGAAGGUCAGCUCACCGGAUCUGAAGCUAGAUCAGAUGUCGCGCAUCAACUUUAACAAGAUUUAUACCGUGGAACAUAAUGAGAAAGUGUUGCCCAUAGGUAAAAUUGCCAGGGAGUCGUUGCCAAAACUCAAGGAAUAUUCCCGUGAUGUGAUCAGCCACGAUUAA